AUGGCGACUGUGAACUCGCGGAGCGAGCGGAGAACACAUGCAGCUGGCGUCCUGCCAAACGCCUUCGUGUACGCGUCUCCAACUGUGCGCUCGUCCUCGUCACUUGCCUCUCCGGUUUCGCGAGAGCAUGCGACGGACCACCUCGCCGGUGGUCCCGCAGGAGCCGGCAAGCUGCCUCCGGACGGGUCUCCCUUCGACGGCGGCGUGGCUUCCCCCGUCACUCUCGCGGUGACUAGCGAAUCCGCCACGCGCGCGACGGAGGGCGCUUUUUCGCCAUCUCCGUCGCCGUUCACUGCGGUUGCGGGGGGCCUGAACGGCACCACGAUAUCCGGGUCUUCUCCCCCUUGGCGCGGCGCUCCGCCGCAACUCGUAGUCUCUUCGCUGAAUUGCGCCCCUACGGCUUUUCUUUCACGCACUGCAGAGACUGCGCCUGCGCCACGGGGCACGAAUCAGCCUCCCAGCGACCGCGCGAGGCCUGGAGGCAAUGCAAGGGGACAGCAGCAGUCUUUGGGAGCUUUUGCCCCGGCGCGUGUGGCGCACGAAGGGACACUCGCGCCCGGCCCCGCAGCCUCCUCCCACGCAGAGACGGGCGAAGUCGCAUUCUUGACUCCUCCUGGCGCGAGUCUUCCGCCCCACAUUGUGUUUCAGCGGCGAGUUCUGGCUGCUCAGCAGGUCCCCCCUUCACGCUUCGACAACGCCUUCUGUGCAUGGCUGGGCGCCACGCGGAACGGCUGGCGAGGAGAGGCGACGCAUGCAGUCGCGGCGGGGGCGAGGUCGCUGGCCCCUGCCCGCGGCCAGAGGAAGUCCCCUUCUUCGCAAGUCCAGAUUCAGGUGUUCUCCGCACUGCGCACCGAGGCCUCGCCUCCCACGUCUGGCGCUGCUUCUUCACGGCCCGCCAGACUGCACCCCGGAGGUCCCCCGUCGUCGGCUUAUAGUCGGGCGACCACGUGUCCAGUUGCCGGGCGCCAGGGGGGGGAAGCCUUCACACAGCCCCAGAGGACCGCCGCUUCGGCUUCCCCCGCAACGGCAGAGAGGGCGCGAGAAGUGCAGGCGGCGCAGCCAGCGGAAGGAUCUCCAAGACAGCGGCCGCGGAGCAGCGGCGCAUCCUCCACUCGUGGGAGAGGAAGAGGGGAGGCGGAGGGGCUGAGGCAGCACGUCGUUGAGUUACGAACCGGAGCCCAUCCCAAGGCCCGGUCGCGGAGACUGUAUGUAGACAGAGAAGAAGACAUUGCGGCGAAGCUUGUGGGACAAGUCGUCGAGAAAGUUCCGGGGCACAUUGCCGUCUGGGUUCGCCAAGGUCGGCAGCUAGUGUCUCCACAGGCGGCGAGGCUCGCGCCCUCUUCGGCAGCUGCGUCAGCGCACCAGGGGCAAGGCCACGGCUCCUCCUCCACCUUGGUCACCUACGCGCUUCGCUACCUUCCCGAGCCCGCGCUACACACCGUGGUGAUUGACAAUCGCCAGCACAUCCUCGCGUCCACUGCUCGGCACUCGAAAAGCGAAAAGCACACCGACUCGCUGCCCCAGAACGUCGCCCCGGUGCGGAUUGUUCCGCAUCUCUUUGGGCCGCACGCGCCGCGCCGCCUCGACUGCCUUUCGGCGUCUGGGCGCCUGCAGGCGUGUCGCCCUGCGUCGCCUGUCCCUCGGCGUGCGUCGCCGGGGACUGCCGAGCUCCCGAACGGCGGGGCAGAGCCUGUGGGGCGCGGGAGCGAAGAUGGUCCGCGAGUCCGCGGCGGAGUGGAAGGCGGACCCGCCCGCGGAGCCGCUCCCUCGACGCCUCCGCCGCCUUCGCACUUUCUCCAUUCGACUUGUGCUCGUGGACCUGCACAGCCCGAGGCGCCGUCGGGCGUCGCGGCGUCGGCACCUCGAGAGACUCGCCCUCGUGCCUCCCCGGAUCGAGCCGGCUCCGUCCUCUCUCGUGCAGCGGGGUUCGCGUUCUGCCGGCCGGAGACAGCCACGCGCUGCGGUGGGGGGUACUUUAGACCUCUCGUGUCGUGUUGCUUCGAGGACACGGCGACGCCGCGCCUCCUCAUUCCUCUGGAACGCCGAGAGGGCCCGUCGAGGCCUGCUGCCGAGGCUGCGCGUCCGGCGGUUCCGCUCUCGCGCCCGCUCGUGUCUCCGCCCCAGGCAGGCGCCGCCCCGCCUGGGCAGCGUCCGGAAGUCAAGGAAGCCCAGCCAGCGACGCAGAGAGAGCGCGACCGCGCACGGCCCGCGGGAGAUCGGGAGGGGCGCGGGGCCGUCGCCGCAGGAGACUCCGAACCCUCCGCAGUCAGGAAAGUCCCCGUGAAGCGCAGCAUGUCGGUGGGGGUCAGCACAACCGUCAAUGCAGUCGGGCAGCUUUGUGUGGGACCUGAGCAUCUGCGACGCCGGAGCAGCGACAUCUUUUGCCCCACGCACCUUUUCGAGCCGUCUUCCGGGCGCCGCAAUGAAUGGCAGCCGCCGCUCCUCGACUCGCGGGCGAUGCCCCCAGAGAGUGCCGCGGGCCGUGGCGUGCCUGGCCACGUCGUGGAGUAUUUUUUCCUGGAUGCAUGCGCAGCGGCGCGAACGGGGAAGCGCGCGGCCGGCGCCGAUGCGGACCCGGCGACAGACAGCCUGGCCGCGCCUUCGGGGGACAGCCGGGACGCCAGGCCUCUUGCGUUCGACGCGGGCCUCCCGGGGGCGGCGGACGCAGGCGCCGCGGCUGCGUCACGCUCGUCUUCGCGUUCGUCUUUGUCCCUUCGCUGGGACUCGCGGGGUCACGUGGAUCCUUCCGAGGCGACGCCGCCUCGCAGCGCGGCGGGGCGGGGAACCGGCCGUCGAGGCCUCUACAGAAGCGUCAGCCACACGGCGGCCUUUGUCGAGUGCAGGCGCGCGACUUGCGAGAUCUACGCGCUGGAAGACGAGGCGUUCAGCGAUUCGGCGAGUCUCCCGCCCCUCGAGUUGGGCACGCGCCGCGGGACCUCGGCCUCGCCAGGCGCCGCCCGAAGCGCGUCUGUGGAGCCCAGCGCGGAGCCGUUGGGGGAAGGGGCCCUUCUCCCCUCGCUCCCGCCGAAGGACAACGCCGUGGCAGAGUGGCUGUUGAUGAGUGGGGCGAGUCUCUCGGGCCUCGACCUCGCCCAGCUCGGAUGCCCGCCGCAGCCGCGUGCUGCCUCGAGGGAAGAGACGCCGAGCCAGACUGCGCGACCCGAGGGAGGCUGCAUGCGCGCGGAGUCCGGAGAUGCCCGCGAGGGGAGCGAGGCGAAGACGAGUGCGGAGACAAACCCGAGAGAGGAUCGAGGAAGUCCACCGAUGCCGGCAGAGACGGAGGCGAAAACGGUGCAGAAGCCUCGAAAGAACGCCCCACCGUCGCCGCCCCAAGCCGCUCGUCUUUUUGCUCAGAGCCAAGAAGAGCGCAGACGCGUCGCUGCUCUCUUGGUCCGCAGGCUGUCCCAAGGCCCAGCGGUAGACGAAAGGAAACCGACCGAGAAUCCGUCCGCGCGGUUCAGCGAAAACGACCCGCGAAACGGAGACACAGAGGGCCCCCGAGAAGGCACCACGCGUGUCAGAGAACUCGCGAAAAAGUGGGACCGCGGCGCUUCGCAAAGCAGGCAAAUCAGCAGACGCUCCAGCUCGAGUAUUCCGUCCCCACGAACCCGAGGGCACGAGCGCUUUGGAUCAGGCUCAGUGGACUACGACGACGGAGUUGGUGCAGUGUAUGCGCGUUUUGGCAGUGUCGCAGAACGUUAUUUGCAGAAUUUGAAACGGCCCUCUUCCGUUUUCUCCUCGGAGGAGUCGUCCACGCGGACUUCGGCGUGUCGCCGCUUCUCAGAGUCCCCGCGGGGCGAAGGCAGCUUGCGUGGCGAUGACGGGAGGCAGGUAGGCGUCGUCAGAGGCGUGCGCGAGGAAAUCGUUUCGUGCGCAGAUGCGGCGAGUCGCGACGGCGACGGCGCCUCGCCUUCGCGCGGGCCUUCGGGGACUGUCGAGAAAGAAGGAAACGAGGCUCUCGAAGAGCCGGAGCAGGCACUCGCUCUCCAGUAG